GAUUGAACAGACGCUAUUGGAAGAGAGCUGAACUGGAUGAUGACAUCACUGAAUCAAUAAACUGACCUUAGCUGGAAAAAUGACUAUUUGUUAAUGUCCUACUGCAUUACUGACAAACCAUUUUCCUGUUUGACACUGUAAAGCUGCUUUGACACAAUCAGUAUUGUUUAAAGCGAUAUACAAAUAAAGUUGAAUUGACUUGACUUUACAUGAGUUCAUGUGUAGGCCUAGUGAGGAAUGAUUUGGCCACAAAAAAAAAAAAAAAACACUAACCCAUGUUGUAAUGGGUAAAUGGAACGGAAUGCUGACAAGAGGAAAAAGAUUAAAAAGGGGAAGAUUCACUUCCACUAGGUCCAAAAAAUAUGCUGUGAUGAAACAAACCUCUUAACCCACCUGAUAUUUCAUUUAUUUCAUAUGAGUAAGCGUAAAACCACAACUUGGUGUCUGCAGUCUCACAGUAUAAUUGAAACGGGUUAAGUUCAUGUCACUCCUCCCCUAAAACCUACAACUCACCUCUCAUUUGUCAGCUAACUUCAGAACAGAAAAGACUGAACCUGAGAACAGUAAUACAUACAUUGCUGCAGACUCCAAGGCAGAAAGAAAAUUACAAUCAAAAUCCAAUAAUCUACUCUCAAAUGGAUCGCAGCCAGCCUUUCAGUCACACACGUCCAUAUCCAGGACAGUCUGGGGUCACUGUACAGCCUCCAGUUUUUGUGACCACUGCUCCACUGGCCAGACCAGUGCCAGAUCACUUGGGCUACUCCAUCUUCACCUUUCUGUGCUGCUGUUUUCCUCUGGGCAUUGCUGCAAUAGUUUUCUCCUGCUUUACUCGAGAUGCCAUCUACUCAGGACAGCAAGAAUUAGCAAAGAAGCAUUCCAAAACAGCGCUCAUGCUGAAUCAUAUCGGCCUUGGGAUUGGCUUGGUUAUUAUUGUAUUGAUUAUUAUCAACCACAUGAUGAAAUGAAGAUAAAAGCUUUUAGAGCUGAAAUGGCUGGAAGCAUCUUAAAAACAGAUUUGUUUUUCUUUAUUUUAAAUGUUACUUGUUCAAUUUAUAAUUAUUCUUAUGCUUUUAGGCUGAUUAUUCUAUGUUUAAACCAAGGCUACCAUGCAGUUUUCUGUUCUCUUUACUUCUAAAAUGUUUUGUUUAGACUUUUGGCUCAUUUUAAAUAUAUUGUGUGCAGCUGUGCUUGUUUGAUUCAGUGAUCAACCAACCAACCAAGUUUUAGUCAAAUACAGUACUCAAAUCAGAAAGUGCAUUAUGGGAACACCAGUAUCAGAAAAGUUGAGUAGAUUUUACUCAAUAUAAAAUUGCUUUUUUUAUUGCCUGAACUAACUUUUUCAUGUAGAAAUUAAACUUGUUUUUCUGUAGUAUUUACUUCACCACAGAAUCAUUUUUAUCAGUGUAGCAUGGAGUGCUGACAGAAAGAAAACUAGUUUGGUAUGAUGGCUAGAA